AUGAUGUUUUCCUUGACCAGAAAUGCACUAGGAAGCCUCAAGAGUCGAAGCAUUCAGCAAAUUAUAGCAAGACAAAGCCAUGCAAAGCGCUCACCAGAUUUUCAUGACAAAUAUGGUAAUUCUAUUCUAGCCUGUGGAAGCAUUUUCUGUACAGUUGCAUGGGUGUUUGUGACCACACGGAUUGGAAUAGAGUGGAACCUGUCCCCUGUUGGCAGAGUCACCCCAAAAGAAUGGAAUGAUGAGUAA